CCCUGACAUCACACAGCUGCAGAGAUGAAUAAACAAAGAGGAACCUUCUCAGAAGUGAGUCUGGCCCAGGAUCCAAAGAGGCAGCAAAGGAAACCUAAAGGCAAUAAAAGCUCCAUUUCAGGAAGCGAACAGGAAAUAUUCCAAGUAGAAUUAAACCUUCAAAAUCCUUCUCUGAAUCAUCAAGGGAUUGAUCAAAUAUAUGACUGCCAAGGUUUACUGCCACCUCCAGAGAAGCUCACUGCUGAGGUCCUGGGAAUCAUUUGCAUUGUCCUGAUGGCCACUGUGUUAAAAACAAUAGUUCUUAUUCCUUUCCUGGAGCAGAACAAUUCUUUCCCGAAUACAAGAACCCAGAAAGUACGUCACUGUGGCCAUUGUCCUGAGGAGUGGAUUACAUAUUCCAACAGUUGUUAUUACAUUGGCAAGGAAAAAAGAACUUGGGCAGAGAGUUUGCUGGCCUGUACUUCAAAGAACUCUAGUCUGCUUUCUAUAGAUAAUGAAGAAGAAAUGAAAUUUCUGACUGCCAUUUCACCAUCCACAUGGAUUGGUGUGUUUCGUGACAGCAGUCAUCAUCCAUGGGUGACAAUCAACGGUCUGACUUUCAAACAUGAAGAUGGGAUUUCAUCAUGUUGACCAGGCUGGUCUUGAACUCCUGAGCUCAAGAAAUCUACACAUCUUGCUCUCCCAAGUUGCUGGGAUUACUGACAUAAGCCACCGCACCUGAGUGCUCAUGUACCAUUUAGCUUGUGUUUUUAAAAUCUACUUUUUCUGCCCUCCCUAUUUUUAACUAAGUGACAUUUUAAAAAUUACUUUUCCCUCUCUAUAUAGUUUGAUUUAAGCAUUAGUCAUUUACAACAAAUAUUCCUAUUAAAAUGCAGACAGUUAUGAUUGGAAAAUAAAUCAAUGAACAAUA